AUGAAGUCACUUGAGGAGUUAAUGUUAUGCAGAAACAAUCUUUCUGGGUCGAUUCCAAAAGAUUUAGGUGAAUUAACCAAGCUCAAAAUUUUGUACCUUUAUUCUAACCAACUUUCUGGCCCCAUUCCUGCAGAAAUAGGGAAACCAGUUAACAGGUCAUAUUCCUCUGGAAAUAGGCAACUUGAUCAAUGGAAGAUGAAGUCACUUGUGGAGUUAAUGCUAAACAAAAAUAAUCUCUCUGGUCCAAUUCCAAAAGCAUUAGGUGACUUAACUGAGCUCACAAUUUUGUACCUUUAUGAAAACCAACUCUCUGGUCCCAUUCCUGCAGAAAUAGGGAAGAUGAAAUCACUUGUGAAGUUAAGCUUACAGAGAAGCAAUCUUUCUGGUCCGAUUCCAAAAGAUUUAGGUGAUGUUGGUGACUUAACUGAGCUCACAAUUCUGCACCUUUAUGAAAACCAACUUUCUGGUGCCAUUCCUGCAGAAAUAGGUAAACUUGUCAAUCUUGUUGAAAUUGAUCUUGAUACAAACCAGUUAACAAGUCAUAUUCCUCCGGAAAUAGGCUACUUAAUUAAUGCAAAAUGGUUAUAUGCUUACUCCAAUGAAUUGUCUGGUCCUGUUCCUGCAGAAAUAGGGAAGAUGAAGUCACUUGUCGAUUUAAGCUUACACAACAACAAUCUUUCUGGUCCAAUUCCAAAAUCUUUAGGUGACUUAACUGAGCUCACAAUUUUGUACCUUAAUGCCAACCAACUUUCUAGCCCCAUUCCUUUAGAAAUAGGAAAACUUUCCAACCUUGUCGAACUUGAUCUUAAUACAAACCAGCUAACGGGUCAUAUUCCUCCGGAACUUGAAGUUACUUCUUUGUGUGACUUAACUGAUUUCACAAAUUUGUACCUUUAUGAAAACCAAAUCUCUGGUCCCAUUCCUUCAGAAAUAGGGAAACUUACCAACCUUGUCGUAGUUAGUCUUGGUAUAAACCAGUUAACAGGUCACAUUCCUUUGGAAAUAGGCAACUUGAUUAAUGCCAAAUUUUUCUAUGCUUUCGAAAAUGACUUGUCUGGUCCCAUUCCUGCAGAAAUAGGGAAGAUGAAGUCACUUGAGACUUUAAACUUACAGAGAAACAAUCUUUCUGGUCCCAUUCCUAGUGAGUUGGGGAAUCUGAAUAAACUCAAUGAUCUGGUUUUAUCUGAAAAUCAAUUUACUGGUUCAAUUCCUGCUAUAUUUGGCAAUUUGACAAACUUGCAGACACUGCAUCUCCAUACCAACAAACUUUCAGGUUCCAUUCCAAAAGAACUUGCAUAUUUGGAUAACUUGCGAGUGCUAACAAUGACCCAAAAUCAGCUUUCAGGCCAUUUACCAGACCAGCUUUGUCAAGGUGGGAAACUUGAGAACUUCACAGUGGCUAGCAACAAGCUGACAGGGCCAAUACCAAGAAGCUUGAGCAACUGUUCGAGUUUUAAAUGGGUUCGCUUUAAUAACAACAGUUUCAUUGGAAACUUAUCCGAAGCUUUUGGAAUCUAUCCAGAGCUUCAGUUCAUUGAUUUGAGCGACAAUAAUUUUCAUGGUGAGCUCAGCAGCAACUGGGGGAAAUGCGAAAAUUUGAUUGAUCUGCGUGUAGCCAGAAAUAACAUUAGUGGUAGCAUACCACCAGAGAUUGGAAACAUCCAAGGGCUUCUUGGACUUGAUCUUUCAUCGAAUCAUUUGCUUGGGCAGAUUCCAAAGGAAUUUGGAAGAUUAACUUCCCUGACAACAGAUUGA